UAAAAAGUGUUUCACUCAUGUCCAGCCCUUCACAAGGAACAAGCUUCAGGCCUUGGGAAGCAAUUCAGGGCAAACGCUGCAUAGACCGUUUUCCAGUCUGGACAAUGAAGACAUUGAGAAGAGUUCCCAAAGUAACAAAGCUGCAACAGCAUAAAACCCACAAACAAUCUGUUGCUUAGGAAGGAAAUCUAUUCCGUAAAAUUUGGAAGAUUUCCCAUCUGCUCCUCUUCUGAUUUUUGAAGCCUAAACUGUAACUAGUCACAAACACUGGAGUGUGGACAGGACUGGAAGCGAAUGGAUCCCACCAGCAGCAGCUGCAUGCGCAGUCCACAGCCUCCUGCCCCGCUCUGGGGGUGCCUGCGGAGCACCCACGCGGACGUCACCACAGCUUCAGGGCUGAACCACUACCCGCCAGCACCAUUCUCCUUCCAUCAAAAAUCAGAUUUUGCUACUUACUCUGAUUUCUCCACCUCCUGCCUGGUGACUGCUCCCCAUAGCUUCCCACGUGAGGAGCGGGCGUUUGUGGAGCAGCACCCCUCCUUCCAACACUCUGACUGGCAUUUUGCAGCAACUGAGGCCAGAAGACGACUAAACCCAGGACUGGCCUUGGGUUCUGGGGAGUCAGAAGGCAGCAGCCCAAAUCUAGUGAGUGCAGCAGUGGGUAUGAAUGAAGAUGAUGAGGUACCAGUAAAUACUACAAGUGAGACUGAGAAAAAGUCAUCCAAAAGAAAAAAGGAAAACUCAGAAAACCAGAACUCAAGCAACAAGUCAGAAACAAGCAGCAAAUCACGGAAGGAAAGGACAGCUUUCACAAAGGAGCAGCUACGGGAGCUGGAAGCUGAAUUUGCCCACCAUAACUACUUGACAAGGCUCAGGAGAUAUGAGAUAGCUGUGAACCUGGAUCUCACCGAGAGACAAGUCAAAGUAUGGUUUCAAAACAGAAGGAUGAAGUGGAAACGUGUUAAAGGUGGGCAACCAGUGUCCCCACAUGAACAUGACACAGAAGAUGUGGACUCUGCUGCCUCCCCCAGCUCUGACUAGUUCUUGCCGCAAUGGGAGAGGAGUAUGGAGAAAGUAAUUGAUCAGAAGGUGGAUGCAACACUGCUCAGGGUCAGCUACACCAUGAGAUGAGCCUGCUUGCAAAACCUGCAGCCCUGAAUCUUUAAAAGAUGUGCGAUGCUUUAGGUUACAGCGGCAAUUAAAGGACGCACGGGGAAAAAAGCCAAAGGAGGGCAUGGUUUUGAUUUUUGUCUGAAUGAAUUUCACUUUCUCUUGAAUUGUCUUUCUACCACAGGUGUGUCUUCAGAAUAAAAGCUAAAAAACACUGAAGAUAAAACGGGAAUAAUAUUGUCUAGGCUCUCAAACACUCAGAAAAUACAGGUUGUCCGUCAGCAAGUGAUAAUGCAACUGCGUUCUCAUCCAGCGUUUCCCUGCUCACAUCUAUUCAUUCUACAUUUGGACUUGACAAGGCAUGUUUUCCUUGUGCCUUUAAGAGAAAUAAAUAGUUUGAUAGUCUCUGUUUUUCUUGCAAUAUGCAUCGAACACCUGUAUGACUAGGCAGUAAGAUCACAAAAUAAAAAUUUGAGACCAAAAGUAUAUACACGGGAUUCUGCUUACCAGUUUCAGAAGAGAAGAGAGGGCUUUCAUGUUGUGACAGUCCAAGAUGACAGGUGCCUUGUUGAUGGUAACAAUUUGCAGAGGAAGAAUUCUUCCAAGCUGACUGUAAAUCCUGAAAUUAAAUUUUUAUAUCUCAAUUUCAAGUAUCUUUUCAAAGCAAUAAUUACCAAAUGUCACAGCAGGUACAGCAGUAAGCCCUCAGCACAAUAGCUAUCACUGGGGUUGUUUUCAACAUUUAAGUCUAUAAAACUAAAGGAAAGCUACUCUUUAGUGCUACAUUUCUUUUGGAUUUAUGGAAUCUCUCUGGAAACCCAUGGUUUUCUUUGCAAAUUCAGGAUUGUCAGGAGAAGCAGAAAACAAUGUUAUUUAGAGUGAUUUGACUGAGUUUACUGUCUACAAAUUCUCAUUUCAUUUUUCAUUAGAGACAAAACUUUCAUCUGAGUGAACACAUAUAAGAACAUCUGCUAGUCUAGAUAUUGUGUAGAUUUACACUCAUUACUUACUUUCUUCUAAAUCAGUAUCUGGAUUUACGAAAUCUACAGUUAGGUGACCAAAUUAGCCCUUUUUGCAAACUUCCUAUUAAUAGGUUAUUUUUGUGAAUUUUUUUUUUUUUUUUUUGGUGUUUGGAACUGAUCAAAUAUUUCAUACAAACAAAUAGUAGCUGUGCUUUUCAAAAUAUAAACAUAUUUUGUCUUUGAUCACCUCUGCUUUUGACAGAAUUUGAGGACACCAAGAAACUUUACCACUGAUCUUUAAAGCUACGAGAGCUGACACAGCCCACUGCCCAUAUUUCUGUCAUAAAUAAUAUGUAAAAGCAGCUUUCCAAUAGAGAAUCACAAACUGCCACAGCACCACCAGAAAUCUUAAGAACACUUCCACUUGAAAUUAUCUCCUCUUUCAGCCAAAAUUUGUAGUAGAUCAAGUUAUUAAGUUUUAGAACAACAUAGUGUCUGUUUCCAUUUCAUUUGUCUUUUUAUGUAAUGUACUAAUGCCAUAUUUCAAACAGAAUUUUAGACUAGCGUAUCCCAUUAUGACUAUUGAGAACACUGAAACUUCAGUUUAAAUAUUUGAAAGGCAUCAUUAUUUACAGCUAUAGCUUCCUUUCAUCUUACUCUGAUGCAUUGUUAUCAGGGUUUAACGUGGACUGCAGAAAUGCUGGAUAUAAAGUUGUAAAUCUGGAUGAUAUGUUUAUAGAGUUAUCUGUGGUCAUCCCACUUGUAAAAGACCUCAAAAUAGAUAAAUACCAUUUUUUUUCCUUUGAAACAGAGUUGCUGUAUUCUUUUUGAAGAACUGAUUACUGUAUCUA